UCGAGUUCCGCGUCGUCGCGCAGAGCUGACUCUGGGAGGCGUUUGGGCCCAGAGAAGUGGAUCGGCCGCUUGCGCCGCAUGGAGUCCGAAUCCGAGAGCGGGGCCGCCGCUGACACCCCCCCACUGGAGACCCUGAGCUUCCAUGGUGAUGAGGAGAUUAUCGAGGUGGUAGAACUGGAUCCUGGCCCGCCGGACCCGGCAGAUGAUCUGGCCCAGGAGAUGGAAGAUGUGGACUUUGAAGAAGAGGAAGAAGAGGAAGAGGGCAACGAGGAGGGCUGGGUUCUGGAACCCCAGGAAGGGGUGGUCGGCAGCAUGGAGGGCCCAGACGAUAGCGAAGUCACCUUUGCAUUGCACUCAGCAUCUGUGUUUUGUGUGAGCCUGGACCCCAAGACCAACACCUUGGCAGUGACAGGGGGUGAGGAUGACAAAGCUUUCGUGUGGCGGCUCAGCGAUGGGGAGCUGCUCUUUGAGUGUGCAGGUCAUAAAGACUCUGUUACUUGUGCUGGUUUCAGCCACGACUCUACCCUCGUGGCCACAGGGGACAUGAGUGGCCUGUUGAAAGUGUGGCAGGUGGACACCAAGGAGGAGGUGUGGUCCUUUGAAGCGGGAGAUCUGGAGUGGAUGGAGUGGCACCCUCGGGCACCUGUCCUCCUGGCGGGCACGGCUGACGGCAACACCUGGAUGUGGAAGGUCCCAAAUGGUGACUGCAAGACCUUCCAAGGCCCCAGCUGCCCAGCUACCUGUGGCCGAGUCCUCCCUGACGGGAAGAGAGCCGUGGUCGGCUAUGAAGAUGGCACCAUCCGGAUCUGGGACCUGAAGCAGGGAAGCCCGAUCCACGUACUAAAAGGGACCGAGGGUCACCAGGGCCCUCUGACCUGUGUCGCCGCCAACCAGGACGGCAGCCUGAUCCUCACCGGCUCCGUGGACUGCCAGGCCAAGCUGGUCAGCGCCACUGCUGGCAAGGUGGUGGGGGUUUUCAGACCCGAGACCGUGGCCUCCCAGCCCAACGUGGGAGAAGGGGAGGAGAGCGAGUCCAACUCCGUGGAGUCUUUGGGCUUCUGCAGCGUGAUGCCUCUGGCAGCUGUUGGCUACUUGGAUGGGACCUUGGCCAUCUAUGACCUGUCUACGCAGACCCUCAGGCACCAGUGUCAGCACCAGUCAGGCAUCGUGCAGCUGCUGUGGGAGGCGGGCACCGCCGUGGUUUACACUUGCAGCCUGGACGGCAUCGUGCGCCUCUGGGAUGCUCGCACCGGCCGCUUGCUCACGGACUACCGGGGCCACACGGCCGAGAUCCUGGACUUUGCCCUCAGCAAAGAUGCCUCCCUGGUGGUGACAACGUCAGGAGACCACAAAGCAAAAGUAUUUUGUGUCCAGAGACCUGACCGCUAAUGGCUGCAGUCUCUGCUUUGGUGUUGAGGGGUGAAGGGAGAACCCCACCAGCAGAGGCGGUAGGGUAUGGGGGAAGAGGAGGGGGGGCCUCGGACUACUUUCCAACCCCUUCAAACUGACUUGCUCCCUCUUGUCCCUUCUCUUAAGAGACCCACCCCUUGGGUCCCCCCCCCUCACCUAGACGUGCGGGUCCCUCGGGGGGGGGUUGGGGGGGUGGUCAGGCCUCUUUCUCUUUCACCUUCAUUUGCUGGUGUGAGCCCCCGGGGGUGUGUGUUUGUUUGUGGGGAGUAGGUCUUUGAGGUUCCCGUUCUUUCCCUUCCCAAGUCUCGGGGGGGUGGAAAGGAGGAAGAGUUAUUAGUUACAGAUUUUAAAAAUGUAAAUAAAAUAUACUUCCCAGAGA